GCCUACCUCAGUGUCCAAGUGAUGGCUAAUGAAGAAACGACGAUGCAAACAAGAUGGGUCAACUCAUACUCGGAUACACUGUGCAACACCCUGUCUCUGGAGAUGUAUCGAGUGACUGGAAGGGAAAUAGCUUCUGGAAGAGAUCAGGGUUCUUUAAGUUCAUUAUGGGUUUGCUCGGCUGGUACCCCUACGAAAAUAUCCACUGGGACACAAAUAUCAGGAUCCUUCGGCAUAGUGAUGUUCGGAACUGGCAUCAAAGCAAUACGCUCAUGUUGAACCUAAUUCAACAGAACAUAUCUGAAAAGCUCGCAGUUCGUACAUCUUUGCGCCAGCCAAUGAGCAUGGCCAUGGGCUGCACCAUUUAUAAUGGUAGGGUAGAUAUUCCACCAGAUCUUACCGAUGAAGACAAAGCUCUCAUGGUUCAAUAUCUCGAUGCAAGCCUGAACUCCCAAAUUCUCCUGGCAUCGUUGCAUGGUAUAUACACUGGAAUUCUUGCUGUUACAUUGUGGAAUAUCUGUGAGCCAGGAGCAUCACUACUAUCCAAGCUGACAUAA